CUCACGGCAAGGUGGGAGUCAUUGGCACUCGUGUGAGCACUUAAGAGCUUAAAGAGCAGCGAAGGCAACACUCCGAUAUCAGACUGGGGUCGAGCCCCACUCAGCAGGACCACAGGCGCACCGAGUUGGGGAAAUCCUGCUGAAUCCAUCGAGGAAUCCAAGUAUCCAAGAUGUUUAGAAGAACUAAAGUGACGGAUGGGACAGCCACUGGACAAGUGGGGAUAAAGAAGAAGUCGGCGGUGCCCGGGGUGAUGAUUACGCAGUUUAUUGAGGAGCUGCCAGAGGGAAAGAGCCAUCCAGACUUCACCCGCAAGCCCAUUGCUCUGACCAUCCAAGAGGGCAAAUUUGCUUUUUUUAAAGCGAUUGUCAUUGGAGACCCGAGGCCGACUGUUACAUGGGGCAGAAACAAUGGAGAUGUCUCUGACACGUCGAGAUAUCAGACUAAAUAUGAUCCCAAUUCCAAUGAGCAUACCUUUGAGAUGCCGAAUGUCAUGCCGGAUCAAGCAGAUACCUAUAAAUGCUUUGCCAAAAACGAAUACGGACAGGCCACAGUCACAGUACUCCUGAACGUGAUUGCAGUGGGAUUCAAAAAGAACAAAGCCCAGGCAGAAGCGGCCGAGGCCCCCGGGGGGAAUUUUAAGUCGGUACUGAAAAGGAGAAGUAAGGUCCUGCCGACGUCCGAGCAGCCCGAGAGGAAAGAGGGGGAGAUCGAUCCGAAAUUUUGGGAGCUGCUAAUGAGCUCCGACAAAAAGGACUACGAGAGCAUCUGUGCCGAGUUCGGAGUGACCGACUUCCGUUGGAUGCUGAAGAAUCUUAAUAAAAUGAAGAAAGAAAGGGAGGAAGAACAAGCGGAGUUUGUCAGCAGCCUGUCCAACCUGAGACACAUACGAGUCAAUUCAGAUAACACGGCAUCCUUUGAGCUCGACAUGGACCUCAUCGAACAGAGCACCUCUCUAUUCCUGUACAAGGAUGGUGUAAUGGUUCCAUAUACAAAGGAGCUGGGAGAUUCAAUGAAGCACAGUCUUAAACUAGUGGGGAAAAAGUACAUUUUCAGUGUGAGGGACCUCAUGCCGGAUGAUGCCGGCCUGUACCAGGUGGACGUGGGGGAUGUCAAUGUGUUUUCCACUGACUUUAAAAUCCCCACAGUGGACUUCUUGGUGAAAAUUCAGGAAGUGAAAGCAACAGAGAGAGAAGAUGCCGUCUUCGAGUGUGUCCUGUCUAAUCCCUUCUCCAAGAUUCUGUGGUUUGGCAAGAAUUUGCCUCUGGAACAAGGAGAUAAAUAUGACAUCCAGGUUUCAGAAGACAAGCUCGUUCACAAGCUGGUGGUCAAAGACUGCUUGAUCGUAGACAAAGGAAUUUAUUCUGUCUGUGCAGGAAUAAAAUCUUGCAAUGCAUGGCUUGUUGUUGAAGCGGAUAAAGAUGCACAAAAGGGCAAAAAAACAGCCAGGAAAACCACAAGGGCAGGAGGAUCUGGGAUGGAUCUGCAGAAGGUUGCACAAGAGCAGCAAACCAAAUUGGCAAAGGAGAGAGAAGAAAGGAAGGAACAGAUUAAAGCCGCACCUCCACCUGAAUCUCCUCCAGCGCCUUUAGCUCCUCCAGCUUCUGCAGCCAAAGAUCCGCAUCCAAGAGCUGAGAGCGAACCAGCAGCAGCGGCGCAGCCACCUGUCGUGAAGGUAGUAACCGCAGAGCCUGAAAUCACCGGCAAACUUUCCGACGUUUGUGUUCUUCGUGGCAAUCCGGCCGAGUUAACGGUAGAGAUGAGCGUGGACUGCAGCGCCACCUGGUUUAAAGACGGAGAGCCGUUAAACUCGGGCGCUGAGGUCACCGUGACCAAAGAUGGAACCCGUCACAAGCUGAGAAUUCAAAGCUGCAAAGACGACGACUCGGGAGUCUAUCGCUUCGUGGCAGGAGAUCAGAGCACACAAGGAAAGGUCACCGUGGGAGACGCACCUGAAUUUGACCCGGACGACCUUCACAAGUUCUCCAAGCCUGUGAUCGUACGAGUCGGCCAGAACGCCGCUUUCAAGAUGGCCUUUCCUCCUCAAGGGAGUUUGGUGGUCCGUUGGUUCAGGGACGGCACCGAGCUCAAAGACGGGGGAGGCGUGAAGACGGCGAGGGAGCCCAAUCACGGCCGCCUGCUGCUCAGAGACUGCCUGCGGACCGACUCGGGGGAAAUAAAGAUCCAACUCAAAAACCCAUUCGGAGCUGUGGAGGCCACAUCCAGGCUCAUCGUGCUUGAUCGGCCAGGUCCUCCAGAAGGUCCGGUGGAGACCGUUGAAACAACCUCCUCUUUGAUCGAGAUCCAAUGGAACCCUCCCAAAGACGAAGGCGGCUCCGCCGUCACCAACUACAUCGUAGAACGCCAACAGGCGGGUCAAGCUCUGUGGACCAAACUCGGGGACGUCUCGGCUGACAAGACCUCCUUUAGAGACAGGAAUGUGACUCACGGAAAGAAAUAUGGCUACCGGAUCUAUGCGGAAAACCCAGAGGGCCUCAGCGACACCCUGGAGACGGCCGAUAGCAUCAUGGCAGGAAUAAUGAUCCUCUCCGGUCCUCCUGGAGCCCCCACUGUGGUGAGCGCCACUAAAACCUGCAUCAACUUGAGCUGGACCCCCCCGGAGGACGACAGAGGGGUUCCCAUCAUUGGUUACCAAUUGGAGAAACGAAAGAAGGACACAAACCUUUGGAUCGCCCUGAAUGCCCUCAAUGAACCAAUUGAAGACGUGAAGUACGCAGUAAAAGAGGUCACCGAGGGAGCCGAGUACGAGUUCAGGGUUUCGGCUGUUAAUGAGUCCGGAGCAGGAGAUCCAGGCCCCCCCUCCGCAAUGGUGUGUGCAAAGAACCCCAACAUGAGACCUUGCUUCAAAGACCCAGAGGACUUCAUUGUUGUCAGAGCAGGAAAUUCAGCACGUGUCAAAGUUUGCUACGAGGGCGAACCUCCACCGCAGAUCACCUGGCUGAAGGACGAUGAGCCGAUAUCGGCGUGGAUUAAUGUCAUCAAUACAGAGGGAAUGUCGCAGCUCGUCAUCCCCUCGUCAAAGCGCUCGGAUUCAGCCGUUUACACGAUUAAAGCCAAAAACGCAAUGGGCGAGGCCUCGUUCGACAUUGAGGUCAGAGUCACAGAUGAACCCAAAGCUCCAGGGCCGGUGGAGCUGGAGCAAACGGUCUCCGGCAGAGUGGUGGUGUCCUGGGCUCCUUCUCCGGACCAGGAGCUGGACGACCGCCUCUACUACGUGGUGUCGCAACGCGACUCCACCACCAGAACGUGGAAGAACGUCGCAGACCGCCUCUUCGCCAACACGCACACGGUCAACAACAUCCGCUCUGGGGUUCAGUACCACUUCCGGAUCUUUGCCAAGAAUGACAUGGGCCUCUCAGAUCCAUCUCAGUCCCCUACGUGGGGUGUGAACAGCAACAAAGUUCCAAUACCUUCAAAAGGACUAAAAUCAUCAGGGCUCAGUUUUGAGAGGCCUCCGUCCAUCCUGGUGCCUCUGAAGGUCCACGCCCCGCCCAAAGGCUACGCCCUGUACAUGACCUGCGCGGUCCGCGGCUGCCCUACGCCCUCCGUGUCCUGGCACCUCAACGACGUCUGCAUCAACUUUGACAACAACUACUACAUCACCAACUCGUUCGGCGUGUGCUCCAUGUACAUCCUCCGGGUCCGCUCGCAGGACAGCGGCGUCUACAAAGUGGUGGCCGUCAACGCUUUCGGUCGGGCCCAGUGCUCGACCAAACUCGCCGUUAGAGAUUGAAAUGAAAUGAAGAUUUUAAGCAGCCUCUCCUCAGUCUGGACAACGAGGGAAGGAAAUGGUUUUUGUGUCACCGCAUAGACGGGAUAAAUUAAUCAAAUCAUCAGAAAUAAUAACCACAAGAGGCAUGAAACAAAUGCAAAGACAUCCGUCAAAAACUUUUGUGGCAACUUCAA